GCACUCUGGCGGCCGUGCAGACGUCUCGCCAGCAUUGGGUAAACUUGUAUUCCUAUAGGCCCUAUAAAAUAGAAUAAAGAAACAGGAGGAUACUUAAAUAAAAUGCAAAAUUGGACAGACAGACAUUGGACGCGAAUGCUAGCAUUGGUUAGCUUUUAAAAAGAAAAGGAAAGAAAGGGAAAGUGUUCGUCUUCAGUCUAUGGUCGGAACUGGCAGCGUUCGUCGUUGUCCAGGCAACGAGUACACGGAUCUUCUGAGAUGUUAGAAACAGUAAGAUAGACCACUCCGUCACCGUUCUGUAAAACCGGACCAAACUGUCGCUGGUUGGCUAGGCCUAUACACUUGCUACUUUAUUCGAAACAGGAGCGAGUCCUCUUCGUUUUGCAGCAGCUACGGGGAGAAUAAAUAUGGCAGGAGAGAAGUUUGAGCAAACUUUUUAUUUUACUCCUCUUCCCUUAAAGAUUCCCUCCUUCCUACAGGACAAAGACAUUUCAGCACUGUUAAUGAAAUGGUCCAUGUUUGGGAGGAUUUCCGCUCAGUGCUACAGCUUUGACCAGACAUUUAACCCUUACAACAGUGACAAGUUCGCACAGUGUUUCUUCAAAGAUCCAGAUGUGUUUUCCAGUUUAAAGAACAUAAAGGAUGGAGCCUGGGUGCCACUGGAAAAGGAAGUAGUGUGUGUCUCUGUGGAGCCUGUGACAUGUACUCAAGUCUCCAUGGACCUGUUUGACCCCAUCUACCUCUGUGGGAUACUGAAGCCCUCUGGAUUUAUAGUUAAAUGCUUUCAUGAUGUCUACCCCGACUAUGAUGAACUUAGAAAGAUGUUGCAGGAGGAAGACUCUGAGCACUACUAUGUAGUCGGGAGAGAGGAGCGAGGGGAGUUCCUGUUUCGACUCUUCAAGCACCUGUGUUUAGGAGGAGAGCUCUGUCAGUACGAGGACGUCAUAGAUUCAUACAUCAGCACCACAAAGCGAAUCUACAAAGAUCUGAUCAGUGUUCAGAAGGAUCCAGAGUCUCAGAAAAUCAGUGUCAUCUCCACAGUCCUCAAAGUCUGUGCCCUUGAUGACUCUGGAUGUUGUUACCCUGGAGGGCAGAAGGAGGAGCAGACAUUUGCCUAUUUGAUUAUUGACCCCUUCAAAAGACAUGUGACUUUGUUUUAUCACUGCUUUGGUGUCGGGGAUUUCUCACUGUGAUAGCAAAGAACAGAUACAUGGGGAAAACUGUCCCAUGUAGAACUUACUAGACUCCUUUUGGAAAUCUUUUUUUGUAUCAACAAAACGUCAGAUAGGGAUGUAGGUGUCUGCUGCUAUUUACACAUAAAGAUGCACAAACCUGUGUGUCUAUUUAUCGAGUUUAUAUACCCGUACAUGAUGGUAUUUACUUGUAUUCUGAUUCUAGUCUUUCUUGCAAUAAAAUUACUAUUUAUAA